CUUUUUUUAUCUUAUCUGUCAAAGUCAAAUUUAAGAGAUGUUUGUGUAAACUUCAAAUAUGUACAAUGUUUUGAACAAUGCCUUCUGAAAUUUGUUUAAAUUGUUUAGCAAGAUGGAGACAGUGGAUAAGACCAUUGGUUAUAUUUUUGUAUGCUUUGGCGGCGCUAGUUUUUGUGCCUUUGUUUUUGGUGAAAUCCCUAGAAGAUGGUUUUAAUAAACGCGAUCAAGAAAUUUUAAUUGCUGGAAUUUUUGUUUGGGUCGCUAUUCCGUUAUCGUUGUGGGAAAUUAUUCAACAUGUUAUACACUACACACAGCCAAAAUUGCAGAAACAUAUCAUUAGGAUUUUGUGGAUGGUUCCGAUAUAUGCUAUCAAUGCUUGGUUGGGAUUGAUUUAUCCAAAGGAAUCUGUGUAUGUAGACAGUCUUAGAGAAUGUUAUGAAGCUUAUGUCAUUUAUAAUUUUAUGAAAUUCCUUCUUAAUUAUUUAAAUAUGGAAAUGGAUCUUGAAGCAAGUUUAGAAUUAAAGCCUCAGGUGAAACAUAUUUUUCCAUUAUGUUGUUUACCUGACUGGGAAAUGGGGAGAGAAUUUGUUCACAUCUGCAAACAUGGAAUUCUUCAAUAUACAGUUGUGAGGCCUUUGACUACCAUCAUAUCUUUUAUCUGCAAAGUGUCUGGAGUCUAUGGUGAUGGAGAAUUUAAAGGAAAUGUUGCAUUUCCCUAUUUAAUAGCUGUAAAUAACAUAUCUCAAUUUAUGGCUAUGUAUUGUUUAGUAAUGUUUUACAAAGCUAAUAUAGCAGAACUAAGACCAAUGAAACCUUUACCAAAAUUUUUAUGCAUCAAGGCUGUCGUAUUUUUCUCAUUCUUUCAAGGGGUUCUAAUAGAUAUAUUGGUUUACACCAAUAUAAUUAAACCAAGUUCAAAUGAUCCUGCAACAGAUGGGUUAAGUCUGUCGACGAGGUUACAGGAUUUCCUAAUUUGCAUUGAAAUGUGCAUGGCUUCUAUAGCACAUCAUUAUAGUUUCUCCUAUGAACCGUAUGCAAGGGCUGGUUUACAUCAGUCAUGUUGUCAAGCGUUCUUAGCGAUGUGGGACAUUUCAGAUGUGCACAGUGACAUCCAAGAACAUUUGGGUAUAGUCAGUAGUUCAAUAAGUCGCCGAAUCAGAGGCCGAAGCAUGUACACAAUACCAAGAGGAGACAAUGAAUAUGCUAAUUUAGUAUCUCCGCAACAUGGAGCUGCUAGUGCCCCGUCUUCAGGUUUUUACCAAAAUAAUUACGAUGAUGUAGUUGUAAACUAUGGUGCAGUAAGUUCUAGUCAAACAACCAAAAAUGAUGUUGAUGCAAGUAAAGGAAGAUUAUAAAGCGUAUAACUUCUAUUUUUUACGCCUAUGAAUUUAUUGUAAAAUGUAUGUACAUAUGCCUAUGUAGUUUUUAGGUGUAUGUUUUAGAACGUGUAUUUAUGUAAGUUAAGUUACAAUUUUGAUACAUUGCAUAUUUUUAUCUCUUUUUAUAAAUUAAAGUUUCAAAAUUCUGUGAUUAAAUUGUCAAGCGCCUGGUACAUUUUGGGUAAUGUUAUGAAAAUUAGAAGUGUUCAUUCUGCUUGAACUUUGUAGGAGGUGCUACAUGUUGGUGAAAAUUGAUGUUUUAAAGUAAGUGUCCACAGAGUUAAGUACAAGAAAUCUUAAACCAAAAGAAUAAAAUUAUACACAUUUAUUAAGUAUGAAUAUGUACAGUACUAAUAAUAAUAAAUUUAUUUACCUUAUUUACAAA